AUGGGCCUUGAAUCGAUUCUUCCAUUGGUCUACUACCUUUUCGCGAGUCUGAUCACAAUUGUCGGACUCAAACAACGUCGCGCAAUUCGCAUUCUAUUGCUUGGCCCGAUAUGGUUAUUGUCUCUGCUAUCCUUGAUCUCGUCACACAGGCUUUCUUGGCUGAUUGGGGCCGAUAGCACAUUGGCAAGCCUACUAGUGUUCUACAUGUUAUAUUCAACCGAGUUGUUAGCUUUUGAUCGCCUUGCCGUCAAUCCAGAAGCUGGGAGUCAGGACUGGAGCUUUGUUGACUGCUACAGAGUGUGGAACAAUCCCCGAAAGCUACCUCUACGACUUUCCACUUCCAAGAAAGCACCGGAGAGGGCACUCACGUCUCACGUCCGCUUCUCCGUCUUUCGAUCGAUAAAAGCAGUGGCACUAUGGACCUUUGAACGCUUCUGUUUCCAAAGUCUAUUUGUUCGUGCCCUUGGCCGGGUGGUCAUAGCCGACUUCUCGCCCGAUAUGGAACUACUUGUCUUCCCACUCUCAUUCCACCAAUUCCAAGUCCGUGUCAUCAUGUCGAUUCAGUGGAUAUGGCGAGCGUACUUUUUUCUUGAGUUUUACCAUUCCCUGCUAGCCAUUGUGUUUGUGGGGAUCCUUCGUUUCGACGACCCUGGAGAAUGGCCGGAUCUGUUCGGGAGUGUUGGGGAAGCGUACAGUGUGCGAGGUUUUUGGGCUCGAUUUUGGCAUCAACUGACCAUCCCAACGUAUGUCUUUUACUCGCGUGCCGUCUGCCACCGGCUCAUGGGAAUCAGAUUGGGGUCCUUCCUUGAAAAGGUGACUGUACCUCUGAUUGUUUUUACGAUUUCGGGUCUCUCGCACUCACUGGUUGGCUGGGCACUGGGAGAUGUGGCCUUGUCACGAGACAUCCUCUUCUUCGAGCUCAGCUUUCUGGCCACAACAGUCGAAACGGCGAUAUGGAAGACGCCGCUGACAAGCACAUUUAUUUCGCGGCUGCCGGGGACAUUGAAAUUAGUUGUCGGCAUGACAUGGGUUGUUGUUUUCUUCACCUGCGUCUCUCCCCUGUGGAUCUAUCCAAAGGUCUAUCACACUCUGUUGAAUCCAGCAGAGUGA